CAACCUCCUCAUGCUUUAUUUUUGUUGUUAUUAACUGAACUCAGAAAAGUUCUCUUCUUCCACUCUCUCCGGCGAAUCAGUGACCGCCAUGAACGGAACCGUAACUACCACCGAUUCCUCGUCUCCGGACCAUGUCGCCGGAACUUGGUUCUCCGUGCCGGAUCUCCGACUUCGCGACCACUACUUCACCGUCCCUCUGGACUACUCUGUCGGAACUAGCCCUAAAAUCUCCAUUUUCGCUCGCGAGGUCGUCGCAGCCGGGAAUGAAGAACAACCACUGCCAUAUUUUGUGUACUUGACAGGUGGACCAGGCUUUGAGUGCCCACGACCAACUGAAGCUAGUGGAUGGCUCGGUAGAGUAACAAAAGACUAUCGUCUUAUAUUGAUGGAUCAGCGAGGAACUGGCUUAUCAACUCCUUUGACGGCAUCGUCUAUGUUGCAAAUGAAGGUUGCACAGGAUUUGGCUGAUUUCUUGAAACACUUUCGAGCGGACAAUAUAGUGAACGAUGCCGAGUUUAUUCGCAAACGUCUUGAUGCUGGUCCUUGGACGAUUUUGGGGCAGAGCUUUGGUGGAUUUUGUUGUGUUACCUAUUUGAGUUUUGCACCACAAGGCCUGAAACAAGUCCUUAUAACUGGCGGAGUCCCACCAAUUGGAAAGGGAUGCACCGCAGAUGAUGUAUACAGAGCAUGCAUUGAGCGGAUAGUUCAUCAAAAUGAAAAGUAUUACGAGAGGUUUCCGCAGGAUGCUGAAAUUGUUCGUGAAAUUGUAAAUCACUUGGCAGAGUCUGAAGGAGGCGGGGUUCCUCUUCCCUCUGGUGGCAUCUUAACCCCAAGGGGACUACAAACUCUUGGUUUUUCUGGUUUAGGAUCUUAUAAUGGUUUCGAGCGCAUGCACUAUAUGUUUGAGAGGGUCUGGGAUCCUAUAAUAGUUCCAGGAGCACAAAAGCAAAUCAGUUACAACUUCUUGAAUGCUUUUGAGAACUGGUCGAGUUUUGAUACAAAUCCACUUUUUGCUGUUCUGCAUGAGCCCAUAUUCUGUCAGGGUGCUUCAUCAAGAUGGGCUGCUCACAGAAUAAGGACCCAAGAAGAUGGCAAAUUUGAUGCCAUUAAGGCUGCAAAAGAAGGUCGCCCUGUUCUGUUCACUGGAGAGAUGAUAUUCCCAUGGAUGUUUGAUGAAAUUAAUGCCUUGAAGCCUUACAAAGAGGCUGUGCAUUUAUUGGCAGAGAAGGAUGAUUGGCCUCCGCUAUAUGACGUUGCCACAUUGAAUAGGAACAAGGUACCUGUUGCAGCUUGUGUUUAUUAUGAAGACAUGUAUGUUACCGUCAAGCGGACCAUGGAGACAACUCCACAGAUAGCAGGGAUUAGGCUCUACGUAACUAAUGAAUACAUGCAUUCUGGUUUGCGAGAUAGUGACGGCCAAGUUGUGGAUUAUCUGUUGGGAAUGUUGAAUGGAAAGAAACCUUUGUUUUGACUUGGAGCAGCUUUUAUGCAUGCAUUUAUUCAUUUAUUUUUUUAUUGGCUUCAAUAAUUGAAGGUUCUUGCAACUGUGUUAGACUCUUUGACAAUAUCAUAUAUCCCGUUUGUGAGAACUGAUGUAAAGUUGGGUUUGCCUUACUGUCAUUUGAGUUUUCUUCGA